AUGAGACGUGGAACUGCACGAUACGAAGAAUUUCGGAAGUCUUACUUCAAUAGAGAAGAAACCGGCAGAUAUCCAACUGAGAUACAUGUUGCAAAAACCUCUCAGGAUAUCGUCGAAGCACUUCGCAAGGCCAGAGAGCUAAAGGUCUCAGUCGGUGUCCGAUCUGGGGGACACCUCCCUUCCAAACCCUCCUUGGUCCACAACGGAAUUCUUAUUGACGUCAGCAACAUCAACCAUCAUGUUCAAUACAAUCCGGUCACCGAGGAAGUCGAAAUGGGUCCUGGAGUUCGUGUUUAUGAAGCUUGGAAAGCCACAGACGCCGUUGGCAGAUUCUUUCCUUUCGGGCAUGCGCCUGACGUAGCACUGGGAGGGUUCUGUCUAGCGGGGGGCCAAGGUCUUUUCAUGAGAGCAUGGGGAGCUACUAUAACAGAGUGGAUUGUACGAUUGGAGAUUGUCGUUCCGGAUGGCCGAGUGCUGAUCGCAAGGCGGACGGAAAAUGCAGACCUCUUCUGGGCCGCUCGAGGCGGUGGUCAAGCAUUCUUCGGGGUUGUGACGCGAAUCUGGAGUCGGACCAUACCGAAGAAACGUCUCCUCUGGAGAUCUACAACAUUCACCGUUGGUGAUAAGUUCGAAGAUCUACUCACUUUCGCUUUCAAACGGAACGACGCCAUGCCAAGGAAGUUCACCGAGUCGGCCAUUUGCGUAUUUCAUCCAGAGUUGUUCGACAGUGAAGCAGGAGAAGUUGUUCCCAAAACAUCCCCUUUGGUGAUGGCGAUCAAUGUUUGUGCUUACGCAGAUACCCUGGUCGAGGCUACUGCAAUGCUAGAAGUCUGGGAUGGAGUCCCUGAAAGCAUCAAAGAUUGCCUCACUGAGACAAAGUCGACAACGGAAGCGAGCUGGGAGGAGUUCUUCGAGCUUCAGCGACAGAUCAACCCAGAAUCACCAGACCAGAAAUGGGGGAUCAACAGUAUCCUCAACGAUCCUUCAGUUCCUCUUCCAAAGCUGAUUGAAGCCAUCAAACCUGCAAUGUGCGACUUGCCAACGAAGUCGUCCUUUGGCUGCAUAUACAUCUGUGAUACCGUUCAGCCAGACGAGAAGGAUGCCGUCUUCAGCAUUCCUCAGCAGUACUACAUAUCAACAUUCAGUGGGUGGAAAGACCCUGCGCUUGUACCUCGAGUCCGAGAAACCAUGCGGACAUCGUACGAAAAAGCUGAAGCUGUUGCUUGUGGGAUCUACAGCGCUGACUUCGACCAGUCCAAAAACUCAUUGCAUUCACCUGGGAUCAAAGUUUGGACAAAUUCAGCUCGCGCUCGCUUCAUGGAGAUUCGAAGGCGGUGGGACCCUGAUGAUCUGUUUGUGGGAUACAAGGCUUUUGAUAUUGACUUCCAGGCGAAGCCAGCUCUCUAA